ACCACCGCCGCCUCGGCGCUGAGCGCCCUCGCCUUCUGCCGCGGCCGGCACGACGCCGUGCACGCGUGGUCGACGUCGACGAGCCUGCCGUUGGAAGCGCCGCCGACGCAGGGCGCUCGUGUCUCCGUCGACUUCGACGGCGCGCUCCAGGUCCCUGCCCCGCGAGGAGAGGCAGCUGUGGAGGUGAGGAGUGGUAGUGCACCGGCGGGCGGAAAGCGUGGGCUCAUGGCCGCCGUCGAGGACGCCGCGCCGCCUUCGUCGGGCACGGCGCAACGGCGGGUGUCUUUUGAUGCGUCCUCUCCGCCGCCGCCUCCUACGCCGGAGGUAGUGGUGCAGGAUUUGGCUGGCUUUGACCAGUCAAUCAUGUCCGGCCUCCGGUACAUCGUGGUGCAGCCUUCGCCGUCGCACCCGGCGGUUCUCUUCCCGGAGGCGAGCGAGGAGGCGUUCGAAGACAUGGGCACCCCGGCUGCUCGCGACAUCCCGGAGGUGACAGGCUUCGUUCGGGCGCGCGUCGACGAGUUCCACGAGAAGAUAGAGAAGAAGAAGGCGGAGGCGGCCAAGGAAGAGGCCCUCGUCGGCGUCGAGGACGACGACCACGACCACGACGUCGCGCCGCCGCCGCGGCGGCGUCAUCCGGCGCGCGCAAAGACCGUGGUGGUGUACUUCACCAGCCUCCGCGGCGUCCGCCGGACGUUCGAGGACGGCCGCGCCGUGCGCGCCAUCCUGCGCUGCCACCGCGUGCGCGUCGACGAGCGCGACGUGUCCAUGCACGCCGCCUUCAGGGCGGAGCUCGGCGACCUCCUCGGCGGCGGCGGCGGCGGCCCGCCGCUCCCGCGCGUGUUCGUCGACGGCCGCCACGACCUCGGCGGCGCCGACGACGUGCGCGCGCUCCACGAGGCCGGCGAGCUCGCCCGCGCGCUGGCCGGGUGCGAGCAGGCCAGGGCCGCCGCCGGCGCGCCGUGCGCCGCGUGCGGCGACGCGCGGUUCCUGCUCUGCGAGGCGUGCCACGGGAGCUGCAAGAUAUUCGCCGGCGACGAGGGGAGCCUCGCCGUCGCCGGCGUGUUCCGGCGUUGCCCCGACUGCAACGAGAACGGCCUCAUCCGGUGCCCGGUCUGCUGCUACUGA